AUGUUCCCAAGAGUUGCUGUUAUAGGUUCAAAUGGGUUCUUAGGAAAGCCAGUGCUUGCUGCAUUAACCAACGACACAUUUUCGAGAAAGAUAUCUUUGCCAAUUAUAGCAACUACCCGUUCGGUAAAGGAUAAGGUAUCCUCAGACAAGCUUAAAUAUGUCGAAGCCGACUUGAACGAAUCGAACUUGGAUAACCUUUACGAUAUCUUUGAAGGAAUUGACGUUAUUGUAGAAUUAACCUCUCCAAACGCAAAGAUAUUCUCUGUCAUUGAUAAAGUCGUUGCUCACGUAAAGCCAAAGCUUUUUAUUCCAUCCCAGUUCGGUAACGAUUUAGAAUAUACUGACAGAUAUUUACCUGGAUUUUCCGGGUUAAAAACUGCACAUUCUGCUAACGCAAGAAAAGCAGGCGUCAAGACUGUUGAUAUUAUUGCUGGUUUUUUUGUUAUAUCAGGACAGGUUGUCGGUCAUCUUGGAAUCGACACUGAAGCAAAUACUGUAACUUUCCGUGGAGAUCCAGAUUUAAAAUUAGCAAUUAGUAAGUUAGAAGAUGUUGGGAAUACUAUUGCUUCACUUUCAACUUGGUCAGACUACUCCAAGAUUCCAGACAAAGUAAGAAUUUACUCAUUUUUAGCAUCUAAUAGAGAUAUCGCAAGAGAGUAUGAGUCUUUCAACAAUGUUCGACUUAAGGAAUUACCACCUAUAUCUAAGGCCGAUUCGUUGAAAGAAGGCCAGGAAAGGUUUGCGAAAGGAUAUAAACCAAGUGAUUUCUUUUAUUAUCUUGGUAUAAUUGCUUCUCAGGGUGUUGAUCAAGGUUUGGCAUUCAGCUCAAAUGAAAGGGAAUUAGUAAACCCCAAAGAAUCAAUUUGGAAGUGGGGAAAAUUGUGA